UCCCUAGCUCCGAAGCGGCGCUGCUGCUGGAACCGAGCAAGGCCCGGCCCCCGCGGCCUGGUCCCGCUGCGGGCACGGAGCUAAACGCGGGAAGAGUUGCGGGUGGGUGACAGUCUGGUUUGGGCACCUCGCUUUCCUGGCAGGGAACCGGGUGUCCCAAGGGCUGGGUGCAUGGGCGGGAUGGUUAGAAGAAAAGCUCAGUGGGAACCAAACUGCAGCCAGGGGGAUGGUUGCAGAGGGGUAUGCUAUGACUGGUUUCAGACUGCCCGUCACCGCCUUUAGAAAACUAAAUGUCUGGCUUGGAGUCUGGGAGAAAUUCCCCUCUAAUAAACUCUGCGUGUCCUGGAGGAGAUGUAUAUACUCUAGCCACCAAUCCAGUAUAAUAAACUACAGAAAACACUUCAGCAUUUCUCCUGUGAAACAUGAUGUAUUUUUAAGACCGCCUUCACAAUGUAUUUCAGUGCCUUGUGUACGACUUAAAAGUGACAAAAGUUCUAGCAAGAAAAAACAAACCCUGCAAGAAGAGGAGGAGGAGGAGGAGGAGGAUGAAGAAAAGAGAAGUGAUUCAGAAGAUGAAUUUGAAAAUGACCCCAAUAUAGUGAAAGAUUACAAGGAUCUUGACAAAGUAGUCCAGUCUUUUCGUUAUGAUCUAAUAAUAAAAUCUGGUCUAGAUAUUGCAAGAAACAAAGUGGAAGAUGCAUUCUAUAAUGGUGAACUCCGGCUGAAUGGAGAAAAAUUGUGGAAGAAAAGCAGAACUGUGAAAGUUGGUGACACACUGGAUCUCAUAGUAGGGGAGGAUAAAAAAACAGAAACUGCUGUAGUUAUGCGAGUUGUCUUAAAAAAAGCAUCAGAAAAGACUGAAAGUGAAAAAUACAAAGUGGUUUUGCGGCGCUGGAAAAAUUUAAAAGUGCCCAAGCAGGAUGUAUUUAAGUGACAAGGAUUUGCAUAUGGCAGCAUGAGACUUCUUGUGGAAAACCAUUUCAUUUGUUGCUAAAUAUGAAGUUUGAUUAAAUAAAAUUCUUGCACCCUUUU